AUGCAUGGGUCGCUAGAUGCGUGGCGCAAGCCAAAAGUCGAAGCUCAAGUUCAGAUGGCUCUUGAAGGAUAUGACUCGUUGGCAGGAUCCAUGGGCACAACGGUCUUGCAAGAGCAAGUAUGUACCAUGGAACAUUCCUUGGCUUGGUUUCAUUAUGCUUACAUCAAUGACAAAGAGCAACACCUUGACGAGGAUGGGAUGGAACGAAUCAGCAGCUGCCGUGAUAUCAUAUGGAGCAUCACCAAAAAUGGAGCACGCGUAUCCUUUGUAUUGAAGAUUCGGUUAUUUGACUAUCACCAUUGCCACGGAGACAGCCCAUCAGCCAUCGGUCAUCAUUAUACUGGAUUUGACACUCAAAAGGCCUGA